GAGCUAUCUCUGGAGUCGCUGAACGGCCCGCAGGAGAGCGCGUUCUCUCCCCCACCCGGUACUCCUCAACCCACCCACCUACUUCCUCCAGCUCCAUACACACACGAGCACGGAGCUGCCAAAAAUUUCCACCCUCCGCCCCCCUCCCUAGCUAACUUCCUUCCAGCGUUUCCUGAGCUGGAUGAUCCUAGGAUUUGUAAGACAGGAAAAAAAGGAAGGCGUGAGGGCGGGCUAGGGAGACAGGAUGCUUGUUUUUCGCUUUACCAAAGCCGUCUGAAGGCAAGACAGCGGGCCCAGGGCAGAGACCCACAGCAGCUCCGGGGCGGUCUCCUCGCCCCUCGCCGCAGCCGCCUUCCCCGCGCUCGAGUCCUCUCCCGGGCACUUGGGAAGGCGAAGAGGAGAGCUCGCCUUCCCUCUGAAGCAGAGGAAAAGCAGCUGAAGACACCGCAGGCGCCUGUGAAAGUCCCUGGGACUCCAAGUGAGGAAGUGACACUCCCAAGCGAGCCGGCCCGCAGCUGCCAGCUCCUCAGGGCCUCCGGCACCGCGGCCCUGGAGGCGCGCGGGGUGGAUUGCAGGCUCUGCUGGCUCGGCCGCGCUCAUCGCCGCGCCCCGGCCCGCGCGCGCCGGCACACGGGCUCGCAACCCCUGGGGGUCCAUGCGCAGCGCCCGCGGCCCUGGUCCUUCGGAUCGCCCAUGAGGACCCCCGGCGCCGCGCUGCAACCAGUGAUCUAACCCCGAAGACCAUCGUACGCGCGGUGCCUAGCAGAGGGAGGGAGAGACAGAGGGGCAGCCUCUUCGGGACUAACUCAUGAAGAACAAGGGUGCCAAGCAGAAGCUGAAACGAAAAGGGGCCGCCAGUGCAUUUGGCUGUGACCUGACGGAGUAUCUGGAAAGCUCAGGACAAGAUGUUCCAUAUGUGUUGAAAAGCUGUGCGGAGUUUAUAGAGACUCACGGCAUUGUGGAUGGAAUCUAUCGACUUUCAGGAGUCACCUCAAACAUACAACGGCUAAGGCAAGAGUUUGGCUCAGAUCAAUGUCCAGAUCUGACAAGGGAAGUGUACCUCCAGGACAUCCACUGUGUGGGCUCACUCUGCAAGCUCUACUUUAGGGAGCUGCCCAACCCCCUCCUGACUUAUGAGCUCUAUGAGAAAUUCACGGAGGCAGUGUCACAUUGCCCAGAAGAAGGCCAACUGGUCAGAAUCCAAAAUGUUAUCCAGGAGCUUCCCCCAUCCCAUUAUAGGACCUUGGAAUACCUGAUUCGACACCUGGCCCACAUCGCCUCCUUCAGUAGCAAGACCAACAUGCAUGCCAGGAACCUGGCCCUGGUGUGGGCGCCAAACCUCCUCAGGUCUAAAGAAAUUGAGGCCACUGGUUGCAAUGGAGAUGCAGCCUUCCUUGCAGUGCGGGUCCAGCAGGUGGUGAUUGAGUUCAUAUUGAAUCAUGUGGAUCAAAUCUUCAGCAACGGUGCUCCUGGGUCUCUGGAGAAUGAUGAAAAUCGACCCAUCAUCAAGAGCCUGACGCUUCCAGCCCUGUCCCUGCCCAUGAAGUUGGUGAGCCUCGAGGAAGCUCAGGCCCGCAAUCUGGCUAUGAACCAUCCUGCCCGGAAGGAAAGAAGGGAGAACAGCCUGCCUGAGAUUGUGCCUCCCGUGGGCACCCUCUUCCACACUGUGCUUGAGUUACCAGACAACAAGAGAAAGCUUUCCAGUAAAUCAAAGAAGUGGAAAUCCAUAUUUAAUCUGGGACGUUCUGGAUCAGACUCUAAAUCAAAACUGAGUAGAAAUGGGAGUGUAUUUGUGAGAGGACAGAGGCUCUCAGUGGAAAAGGCUACUAUUCGACCAGCUAAAAGCAUGGAUUCACUGUGUUCAGUGCCUGUGGAUGGAAAAGAAACCAAAGGAAAUUUCAACCGAACAGUCACCACUGGUGGAUUUUUCAUUCCAGCCACGAAAAUGCACUCCGCUGGCACUGGCAGCUCCUGUGACCUCAGCAAGCAGGAGGGUGAAUGGGGCCAGGAGGGGAUGCCCGCGGGCGCAGAGGGGGGCUUUGAUGUGAGCAGCGACCGAAGCCAACUCCAGGGCGCUCAGAUCCGUCCCCCACCUGAACAACUGAAGGUGUUCCGGCCAAUCGAGGAUCCAGAAAGCGAGCAAAUAGCCCCAAAGAUGCUGGGUAUGUUUUAUACCUCGAGCGACAGCCCCAGCAAAUCCGUCUUCACCAGCGGCCUCUUCCAGACAGAGCACUCGCCACGUCACCAGCGCAAGGCGCUGAACAUCUCAGAGCCCUUUGCGGUGUCCGUGCCGCUCCGCGUGUCAGCGGUAAUCAGCACCAACAGCACCCCAUGCAGAACACCCCCAAAGGAGUUGCAGUCUCUCUCCAGCCUAGAAGAGUUUUCCUUCCAGGGGUCAGAGAGUGGAGGUUGGCCAGAAGAGGAGAAACCACUGGGAGCAGAGACUUCUACAGCUUCUAUCUCUAAGAAGGCAGCUCUCGAAGAUGCCACACCAGGACCUGAAGGCCUGGGGACAGUGGAAUGCAACCAAAGUCUUUUCCUGGAGCCAGGCACCCAAGUGGAGGAGAAGAAAACUUCAGAAAUCUCCCUGGGCUCUCAACAUUCAACGGAAUUAGAGAAGAGACUGAAUCCGGAGAAAGCGGUAGAGGAGGAAGGCCAAGAGGCUGACCAGGUGGAGACCAGUGCUCUGCAGGAGUGUCCCCGGAUCAGAGCUGAAGCCAUGUUUCUCCAUGAGAUGGAUGAAGAUGAUCUGGCUAACGCCCUGAUAUGGCCCGAGAUUCAACAGGAGCUUAAAAUCAUUGAAUCUGAGGAGGAACUUGCCUCGUUGCCACCACCUGUUCAGAAGAUAAGCCCAAGUCAGCCCAGUUUUGAGUCAAGUCCGGUGUCCUUUGCUUCCCCGGAGCCCCCUGGGAGCAUCUCUUGUGGCUCCUCCCCCUCUUCAGUCUCCGCCCCUCCGGAGGAGUGGAACAGGGACUCAACCAAUCAGAGUACAAUGGGUGCUGCCUCGGCAGCCAAUAGAGAAAAGCCAGAGUCAACCAGCAGCCUCCACAGAUCCGAGCUCGGCCUGCGUCCAGAUCGUGCUACUCUGGCUGCUCUAGAAAUAGUUCCUUUUGAGAAGGCAUCUCCACCAGCAAGGACUGAGGCUGGAGGCCCGGGGAAUCACUCUCCUCCGCUCCCUCCUGCUCCUCCCCCUCCAACUCCUCUGGAGGAGGCGCCCGGAAUCCUGCUGUCAAAGGGCGGUGCUGAGAGAGAAGACCCAUCCAGGAAUUUAAGGACAAAUCCUUAUAUAGAGCAGCCGAGGUCCAAAGACAACCCUGGGAUCUCUAGUCGCUGUCAGGGAGAGGAGGCUACUCCAAGUCAAAGUGAAAAACAAACUUCAAAGAAAGUUGCUCCCGAGGGAAAAGCCCUUGGAUUUCCUAGCCCAGCAAAGGAGGUUGAGAUCUCCCCACAGGGAGAGGGGGAUGCAGCCCAGUCAGUACAGGAACCUUCAGACUGUGAUGAAGACGACACUGUAACAGACAUUGCUCAGCAUGUCCUAGAGAUGGUGGAGCCCUGGGAGGAGCCCCAGUGGGUGACCAGUCCUCUUCACUCUCCCACCCUGAAAGAAGUGCAGGAGGCCCAGGUGCAGGGCCCCCAGAGCCACCGAUUGGAGAAGAGGCUUUCUCACAGGCCCAGCCUUCGCCAGAGCCACUCUCUGGAUAGUAAAACCACCAUCAAGAGUCAGUGGACUCUUGAGGUUCCCUCCUCCAGCAGCUGUGCUAAUCUUGAAACAGAGAGAAAUUCUGAUCCUCUGUCAGUUAGGAGAGAGAUUACUGGAUGGGAUGAGAAAGCCCUUAAGACCUUCAGAGAGUUCUCUGACCUGAAAGGGGCAGAGGUUCUUCCCAGCCAGAAAGGACCAGGUAGUGUUCAGUCUAAGCCAGCAGAAACCAGCCCAGUCAUUGGAGCAGAGGGAAAGGAGCUGGGGCCACUCCUUGGGCAGAGCAAUCAGAUUAAGCAAGCUGGUAUUCCUGGACCAGAAAACAGCGAGGAGAGUUCACCUAGGGUUCAGGAUAGCACCUCACCUGGAGAACAUCCUUCAAAGUUACAGCUAAAGAGCACUGAGUGUGGGCCCUCAAAAGGGAAAAACAGGCCUUCUUCCCUCAAUUUAGACUCUGCCAUUCCCGUCACUGAACUCUUCCGGCUUGAGAAUGGGGCUUCAUUUAGUUCACCUGGAAUGCAGCUCUGUGAGUCAGGAGACCCCAAGUUCACCUGGAUGACCUCAUCUCACUGUAAAGCAGACUCCUGGAAAGAUUACUCCCAAGAUACCCAGGACCUGGACAUUGUUGCUCAUGCCCUGACAGGCCGCCGUAACUCAGCUCCUGUGAGUGUGUCAGCUGUGAGAACCUCCUUCAUGGUCAAAAUGUGUCAGGCCAGGGCAGUCCCAGUAAUCCCACCCAAGAUUCAAUAUACCCAGAUCCCACAGCCCCUGCCCUCUCAGAGCACAGGGGAGAAUGUGGCUCAGCCUCUGGAGAGGAGCCAAGAGGAACCCAGCUCAACCAGUGGGCCCUCUCAGAAUCCUGCCAAAGGUGAUUCUCCCUCCCUGGAAAACCCAAAGGAAGAGAAACCAAAGCAAGAUACAGGAGCCAUAGCAUCCUCACAGAUGGACACCACUGCAUCCUGCAUUUGUGAGGGACACACCCUUUCUCCAGAACCAGACUUGUCUAAUCUCUCCACCCAGGAUGCAGUAGUGCAAUGCAGAAAGCGCACAUCAGAGACAGAACCAUCUGGGGACAACCUUCUUUCUUCAAAAAUAGAGCGACCAUCUGGGGGUUCUAAGCCUUUCCACAGGUCAAGGCCAGGAAGACCUCAGAGCCUAAUCUUAUUCAGUCCUCCUUUUCCCAUCAUGGACCACCUGCCUCCCUCAUCCACAGUUACAGAUUCCAGGGUCCUGCUGUCUCCUAUCAGAAGUCCCACUCAGACAGUUUCCCCUGGCCUUCUUUGUGGGGAGCUGGCAGAAAACACAUGGGUCACACCAGAAGGGGUUACACUUAGGAAUAAAAUGACUAUCCCUAAGAAUGGCCAAAGACUAGAGACCUCAACCAGCUGUUUUUACCAGCCCCAGCGGAGAUCAGUAAUUCUUGAUGGAAGAAGUGGGAGGCAAAUAGAGUGAUAUCAAUUCAGCUGCUGAUGUCUGAAAAAAACAUCAUGAUUCAUCUGGAAAUUAUUACAGGGCUAACUUGCCAUUUUCCAGGCACAGGUUAUCUAACUUUGGACUUAUUUUGGCCUAUGACUUCUUUUUUUUUUUUCCCAGCCUUUUGACUAUCAUUAAUUAAUUCAUUUGCCAGAAGAGUGGUCAAGGAAAGAAUCAAAAGGUGAAAUUUAGAUAAGUCCAUACAAUCAAGUGGGAAAAGUUAGGUAAGAAAUGAGGGAAUUUUUGCCUCCAGUGAAAUUUGGAGUCUUGUUUGUAAGCUGCAUUACUCUCCUACUACCAUUACCUAUUACUGUUGAGAGCUGGCUAUAAUAAUGUCCUUUGAAAGAAAGAAA